AUGGAUCAGUGUGAGGACAGGAAGGAGGCAGACCCUCCCUCAAAGGUCACUCUGGACUUGGAAUCGGCUCAGAGGUACAAUGAAGAUCUCUCUUCUCUAUUUUGAAGAAAAACCUUUUUAUUCACAUUCACUCCUCUGUGUGUUUGUUGUUGUAGGUUGGAGCAGCAGCACAAACCGGAUCCUCUUGAACCUGGACCUGACACUGAAUGUGUGUCCCUGAAGACAACCCGGUCCAUGACUCCACCCCCGGAUUUUAAGAAGUAAGUCUACAGACUCUCAGAGUGGAGUUUUAACAUAAACAGCCAUCCAGGCACCUCUGAAGCAGCAGACUGUGAGGCAACAUUAGGGAAAAGCCAAACAGACUUCAUUUCAGUCUUUACACUGUGCUCUGACUGCUAACAGGUGUUAUGUUUUUGACAAAGAAGGCUGAAGACCUGAUCACACCAAGAAAUCUGAGUUUAGCAAACAUUACAUUUGGAGAGUUAUUCUGAAAUUAUGUCAGGCGAUCUUUUCAUUUCAUUUUAUAAUUUUUGUCGAACAUGUGCGUGCAACACCAAAAGUCUGAAAACAAACAUAACCAGUGAAAAUAUUCAAAACAACAAUAAAAAUAAUCAAAGCAAAAAAGUAAAAAUUAAUGAAGCAUUAUGUUUUUUUUUAAACCUAUCCCUUCUCCUUUACUCAAUAAUAUCAGUCAGUCUGUAACAAAAUUAGGUCCUUGUUUUGUUACAUGUUGCACUAAACUUUGCACAUCUGGUUUAAUAAAACCCUUUGUCAAGCUUAAACUUGUUCUUUAAUCAGUUUAUUUUUUAAACAGGAUGCAGCAGCUGAGACCGCCAGACGCUCCAGAACCAAGUCUUGUGUCCAUGAAAAGUGACAUGUCUAAGCCUGAUGCUCUGAACUUUGGAAAUAGAGAGUAAGAAUAAAAUUUUAAAUGUUUUGUUGAGUCACUUUUGGAAAAGAAGGAAGUUUACCUUUGUAAACAGUUUUCUGGGCUCUUCUCUAUCAAGCAAUUUCACUAAUCCAAGCGCUCAUCUCAGAUUGAGUCUACGCUCGAACAAGAAUCUUUUUCAGCACUGUUUCCUGCCAUCAGAAAAACUGAAAACUGAACCAAAGAGACAAAAAAAAAAAUAAAACCAAACAAAUAAAUAAGUAAUUCAGACCAUAGACUGUAUGUAGAAUGGACGCCGUCUGCCUCCUCGAUAGCUGAAGCCUCCGCGAGAACAGCACCCUCUGGUGACGGGCUACAGUAUAGGUCAUAAAUCCCGCCUCCUUAUGGAGCUGUGGACAAACUUAAUAAAUGAAUGACACAGAAUAUAAAUGUUUCUCCUCCCUGGUUGUGAUGUUGACAUGUAGUUAUUGUAAGACUGGUUUGUGUUCAGCUCCAUUUUUAAAAGUUAUUAGGGGGUUCAUGUUUUCUAUGAUUGAAACCUGAUACAGCCUAUGGGUGUACGAAGAUUGCGUAGCUCACCCGGGGGAUAUGCUGUUUGAGCCGAGCAUCAUCAUGGCGACCCUCCCGCCAAAUACGUACAACGCUUCUGCGCAAGUGGUGGUUGCAGGAAGUGGAGUAAAACCGGGAAAUACAGAGAGCAAUUCAGCUUCAAAUUCAUAUAAUGACGGAAGGUGAAACAAAGUCAUCCAUAGUAUAUAUAGACUAUGUUCUAACCGCACUGAUAAUGGGGCCUUGAUGGUCAUUGGAAAGUUUCAGGAACCUAGAUUGCAAAAGCCGGUGCUUGGCCUGCUUCUUAAUUAAAUAAUUGUAUAAAUACACAUAUAAAUACCCACCACCUUAGCUCGUGAGUCAAAAAAAUCCUUUCCUGCUCCAAAUCCUGUUCCAGCAGCUCCUGACAUUUGGCCUUUCUUUGACACUUAAACAUGAAUAUUCCUCCACAGAGUUCAGCAGGACAACCCAGAGGUCCCCAGAGAUCAGUGCACCCAGCAGCAGCCUGCAGACCUGGACUCUGUAUUUAUGGUGUGUACGCAUGAUCAAAAUGACAGUAUCUAUAUCAGCAUAGCUAUCAUCAGAGUGGAAGGAACACUAAAAACAUGAACUCAAAUGUCAUUUAGCCAAGGUGCAUCACAGUUUGUUCCUCAGACUACAACACUGUCGGAGUUUUAUAAACGAGAGCGGCACAUUUUAGAGAUAAGAUCUACUAAGUGUGUAUGGACACACUUAGUAACAGUGUUGGUGUUAUCGAUCUGUUCCAGCUGCUGGAGGACAACAUCAUCACUUUUGUGAAGAAGGAGCUGAAAAGAGUCCAGAUGGUCCUGUCAUCAGAUCACCAACAGAGAAAGAGCGAGGAAGAGGAGGAGCUGGAGGAAGAGCAGAUGAGGGUCAGCAGAGAGGCAUUUGAGAAGAUUGUUCUGCACUUCCUGAGGAGACUGAAGCGGGAAGAUCUGGCUGACUGUCUGCAGAGCCGUGAGUGUUUCUAA